AUGUCUCAGCCGCCGCCGGGAUCAUCUCAAGAUGUUUCCCCACCAAACCAACCAAACGUGGGCACAGCCCAAGGACGACGCAAGCGAGGAUUGUCGUUGCGGUCGCAGCUUUUGAACAAGAGCUUGGCGAGCGUUAUGAACCCUUUCAGCGACCAGAAGGGUCGCUCGGGCCAGAUCGAGAUGGCCAAUCUUCCCGAGAUCAAUGAACCGGGACAGAGUACAGCCGCCCAGACGGAGCUGGGGGCGGGUCUAAAUAGUAGCAUACAGUACAAUGGCAGUAGGAGCCCGUCGCCGUAUAUAGAUGAUCAGAAAAACGGGCAUGUGUCGACGUAUACGCUUGAGUUGCCGGAUGCGACCAGGUCCACCACCAGACUCACGGUCGGGUCCAAUAUGUCCAACAUGUCCGGCCAUACCAACGAGGGCUUGCCCAGAGGCCGCGCAUCUGCAUGGUCGCGGCGCGUUGCUGCGGGUGCAGAUGGAGACGGGUCCUUCUCGCUGAAGAUUCUGGGCUUUGUAGCGAAGGUCUUAGGAAGAGAUACCGCCGUGAGCGACGGCUCGGGGCGCCAGAUCCCCCUUUGCGUAAAUAAACACAAGGCAAACGCCACGUUCGGCGCACAGUUCUACAGCGAGUCUGCCGAUGCAUACAUCGACGAACGACACUCGCAGCCCUAUUGCGACAACAGCAUCACGUCGUCGAAAUAUACCGUGUACACGUUUUUGCCCAAACAGCUCCGCGCGCAGUUCUCCAAGUUGGCCAAUUGCUACUUCAUGGUGGUGGCUAUCAUGCAGCUCAUCCCCUCGUGGUCUACCACGGGUAAAUUCACCACCAUCGUGCCUCUCUUGAUUUUCAUCUCUAUAUCUAUGUUUCGUGAAGGUUUUGACGACUGGAAGAGACAUGGCCACGAUAAAGAAGAAAAUAACAAGACCACACACGUCAUUCGCGACGAGGAGAGCGAGCUGUCCAUGUACGAUGCUCACUCCGUCUCCACCAUCAUUACCGAAACCAUGUCAGUGGGAGGUAUUGGCGACGAGGAGCUGUUCAGUAGCUCUCUUCUUGGUUCGAACAAUAACUUUCUGAACAAGGCGGUCAUGGCGCAAUACAACAUGAGGGCUCAACUGGAGAAGUGGAAAGACGUCAAGGUGGGCGACAUUUUGAAGAUUGACAACGAUGAGUGGAUCCCGGCAGAUAUUGUGUUGAUCGCCGUGGAUAAUGCGGGCCCAGAAGCAUUUGUCGAAACCAUGGCACUUGAUGGAGAGACAAAUUUGAAGCUGAAGUCGCCUCACCCUGAGGUCUCUAAAUUAGCGACCAAAGCUGCGAAUCUCAAAAAUUUAGCAUCUUUGUUCACCAUAGAGGACCCAAAUAAUGACCUAUACAACUUCAAGGGUCAGUUCUCACUCAAUGGCCGUGACUAUGCACUCACAAACGAUAAUAUCGUCUACAGAGGAAGCACUCUUCGUAACACGAAUUCUGUUUUGGGUUUGGUGGUGUUUACCGGUGAAGAAACCAAAAUCAGAAUGAACAAUGUGAAGAACCCCAGAACAAAAGCUCCCAAACUCCAGAAAAACAUCAAUUACAUCGUGAUGUUUAUGGUUGUGGUGGUUGUGACACUUGCUGCAUUUUCAUUCAUGGCACAGCGUCUAUUUUAUAACAAAGAACACACCAAAAUGUGGUAUUUGUACAAUGCAGAUGCCACUCUUGCUGCCACGUUUAUGGGAUACAUUAUCAUGUACAACACUUUGAUUCCGUUGUCUCUCUAUGUUACGAUGGAACUUAUCAAAGUGAUGCAAUUACUUUUCUUGCAAUACGACAUAGACAUGUAUCAUGUCGAAACCAAUACUCCUGCUGAUGCAAAGACUGCAACCAUCCUAGAGGAGUUGGGGCAAGUAUCGUACAUUUUCAGUGAUAAGACAGGUACUUUAACUGAAAACAAAAUGGUGUUUCGUAAAUUUAGUGUUUGCGGCUCCAAUUGGUUACAUGAUAUUGAUCUCAUAGCAGAAGAUAAAUCAAGGCCCAAAGAAUUAUCGCGGCCCAGUGCAACACUGGUAAAGAGCCCAGUGCUUGGAUCAUCUGCAAGUACCUAUUCCGUCGUUCGCGCUAGUAUGGAGCUUGGCUCAGUGCCACAGAGCUCGAAAUGGAAAGCUAGUGCCCAACCGCAAAAAGCUCAAGAUGUUGCCAGCUCUCUUUAUAUUCUCCGGCAUAUCCAAACACAUCCGAACACUUUGUUCUCGAAGAAGGUUACAAUGUUCCUUUUGAGUAUUGCAUUGUGCCAUACAUGUCAGCCGCGCAAUGAGCACACAAAUAUAAAUCUGUCUUCAUACACGUUGAACGAGUUUGAGGAAGAGAUCAACUUAGAAGAAGAUCAUGAUUCUAAGAUCACAUACCAAGCAGCAUCUCCCGACGAAUUAGCCCUCGUGCAAGCAGCUAAAGAUUUGGGUUUCAUUGUGACAGACAAGGAAAACAAUCAAAUGAAGAUUAAAACCUUUCCUGACGGCUUCGGAGGUGCUUCAAAAACAGAUACCUAUCAAAUUUUGGAUGUGAUCGAAUUUACAUCCAACAGAAAGCGGAUGUCUAUUGUUGUGAAAUUCCCUGAUUCGAGAAUCGCCGUAUUUUGCAAAGGAGCUGACAAUGUUAUUCUCGAACAUUUGAAAAAUUCAGCCAUGGCUAAACAAAAAGCUAAGGAGAUUGCGCUUAAUUCAAGAGAUCGUAAGGUACAAGAGGCCGAGAUUGUCCUCCAAGCCAGGUACUCCGAAGAUGUCAACCCAAGACCCUCCCUUGGAACAUUGCGGUCUCACACUAGUAUCGAUUUGAGUCACAUCAAUGCGAUUGACGGGAGUGCAACACGUGAAGAUCAAGAUUUGGCAGAUGUAGCAGCCAAGGCAAAAAAGUCGUUGCAAAUAACUCAAGCCAAACGGUACAGUAUCGACGAAAACAAUGAUGGAGAGGAAGACCACGUUUUUGUGCCAAACGAUAAGUUGCUUGUCAACGAGGAGUUUUUGCUCGAGAAGACUUUAGAACACAUCGAGGAAUUCUCGACAGAAGGUUUGCGUACAUUGUUGUAUUCUCACAAAUGGAUCACGUCUGACGAAUAUGAACAGUGGGCACAAGACUACAACGAAGCAAAAAUCUCCCUUCAAGAUCGUGCACAAAAGAUCGAAGAUGUUGGCGCUCGCCUCGAAAAUGACUUCAAUCUCCUCGGUGCAACUGCCAUUGAAGAUAAGUUACAAGAGGGUGUCAGUCAAGCCAUCGAGAAGCUUCGUCGUGCUGGCAUAAAGCUCUGGAUGCUUACCGGAGACAAGAGAGAAACUGCCAUCAAUAUCGGAUACUCAUGUAGACUCAUCAAAGAUUAUUCCACUGUUGUUAUUCUAUCGAUUGAUGAGGGUCAGGAAACCAUGGUAAGGAAAAUUAACAAGACAAGCGAGGAUUUAAAGGCAGGCCGCCUAGCCCACACUGUUGUCGUUAUAGAUGGAGCCACUCUUUCAGUCAUAGAGAACGAUCCCCUUCUACUUACCAUUUUCAUUGAGCUUUGUGUCCAUGUUGAUCUGACAAUUUGUUGUCGUGCCUCACCUGCCCAGAAAGCACGUAUGGUGAAUUGUAUUCGUGAGUACAACCCCAGAGAGGUCACUUUAGCCAUUGGAGACGGUGCAAAUGAUAUUGCAAUGAUCCAGAGUGCAGAUAUUGGAGUGGGAAUAACAGGAAAGGAGGGAUUUCAGGCAGCUAGAUCCGCAGACUACUCUAUCGCCCAAUUCCGUUUUCUACUCAAGCUCUUGCUCGUCAAUGGCCGUUAUAAUUACGUGCGUACCUCUAAGUUCGUCUUGUGCACGUUCUACAAGGAACUUCUUUUCUAUUUGACCCAGUGCAUCUACCAGCGGUACACGCUUUUCUCUGGCAGUUCGUUGUACGAGAGUUGGUCACUUUCAAUGUUCAAUACGCUUUUCACCUCUCUUUGUGUUAUCUGCAUUGGAAUGUUCGAAAAGGAUCUCCAUCCAGCGACGCUCAUAGCAGUUCCGGAAUUAUAUGCAACAGGAAGGCUUUACAAAGCUUUCAACUUGAAGGUGUUCGUAUACUGGAUGGUUCUUGCUGCAAUGCAGAGUGUUGGCGUCAGUUUUGUGGCGUUCUUUGCAUGGGGGUUCACGGCCUUGAAAGACAACACAACUUUGCCUUUAGGCACAGCUGUGUUCUGGGCCCUUGUCACAGUAAUUAACGCCAAGUCAUUGUUUUUGGAGAUGUCUAAUGUCCAAUGGCUCGCGUUCGCUGCAUUUUUCAUCUCGGUUUUGGGAUACGGUCUCUGGAAUGUACUCAUCAUGUUUCUCAGUCGUCCAAAGGAGAGGGCAAUCUUUUAUGUUGGCUGGGGCCUUACCGAGUUCGGUUCUGAUUAUACCUGGUGGGCCACGGUUUUCGUUCUUGUUACCGUGUUGAUUGUCUUCGAUCUCAUGGUCAAAGGUGGUAAGAUGGUGUUCUUCCCGAACGACACCGAGAUAUUCCAACUAUACGAGCGCGACAGAGUGAUGAGACGUAUUUUCGAGCAGAACGCUUUGUAUGAAUUACAGCAAGGGUGGUUUUUCUCAAGAGACAAAUCCACCACCUGCUCAUUCUUUAUCAAUCAGUUCCGCAAAAUUUUUGGAGGCGAGAAAACCGCGCAACUCUCUGAAGCUAUUCAGGAUGAAAACUUGGGUUCUGCGCUCUAUCGUAAAAGAGCAGGAACGAACAUCCUCCCAACAGAGCUUCCCCCAAGUGGAGAUGGCUUUGCAAUCAAAGAUGGUGAUUUCGAGUUCCCUCAAAUGGAUGGAUAUGAGAUUCUACCAAGUGGAAAGAAGGUCAAGAUUAAGAGUGAUGGUAUCAUCAACAAAUUAGGAAAAAGAAUCGGCAGAAGAGAGGUUGACGAUGACGUCGAUGCCAUUUUGGAACAAAGAAUGAAGGAUAUGGACGAGGAACAGAACAAUGAUGGUGUGGCGCGAUAA